AUGCCGGUUGGAAGAUUAUUUGCAGCUGCUCUGCUGCCUCUUCUCGCUCUGCAGGGCUGCGACACCUCGUCGAAGCCUUCAUCUACCACCACUUCGACGACGACAACGACGACUACUACGACGACAGCUGCCACCAAGGGCCGCAAUGCCAGCUCUGUGAUCACCGUGCCUGGCUGGCCGGACCUCUCGGGAAAGUUCCCGCUGUCCUAUGCCGUCAAGGCCGGCGGCAUGGUCUAUGUCUCCGGAAUGCAAGGGAUGGACAUGGCGACCAUGAAGCUGGUGCCGGGUGGCGUAGGCCCAGAAACGACGAAGAUUUUGUCGAACUUGCAGCAGUUGCUGCAGGCCGCAGACAGUUCCAUGGGGCAGGUGACCCUGUGCAGCGUGUCCCUGGUCAACAUCUCCCGGGACUUCACGGCCUUCAACACG